AUGACCAUCACGGAGGCCCCUUUUUCUUCUUCAGUUGACUCGACCCUCUUCCCUCUGUGCACGUUCCUCCUCAGCGUCUAUACCCUGGGCGUCUCGGCCGAUGUCUUCGUCUCCUCCACCGCCCGCUUCGCCCACCGUCUGCAUGUCUCCGAGACACUCGUGUCGCUCCUCACCGCCGGCGCCGAGUGGGAAGAACUCGCCGUCGUGAUCGCCGCCGUCGCCCAGCACCAACCUAAGCUCGCGUUGGGAAACGUCCUGGGGAGCUGCGUGGCGAACGUUCUCGGUGCGUUCUCACUGGGCGUCUUGGCUCAGAGGGAGGUUGUCGUCCAGUACGAUGUGAGCGCGAAGAUCUAUGCCGUUGUCUUGUUCGGCGUCACCACCGGUGUGGCCGUGCUUUGGGGCUUUGGCCGGCUCGAAGGCCACGUCUACGGGGCCAUCCUGGUGGUGGCGUUCGCGUCGUAUCUAGCUGGUAUCGGGUGGUCCAUCUAUCGGGGCGAGCUGGAGGCGCCCGAGGAAUCGGAUGCAGAGUCUGAUGUCGACAGUGUGGACUCUGGAGACGAUAGAGGUCCAGAUGAUCCCCGGGACGGUGUCUCUCGCGGCGACCAUUCGGGGGACGAGGAGGUUGACGAGUCCACUGCCCUGGUAGGGCGAAGGAGAACGCGGCCAUCCACUCUCUCUUAUUUGGUCAAGCUGUUCCUCGCCUUCGUCGCACUCUCGAUCAGCGGCUAUGUCCUCUCACACUCCUCCCAGUCACUGGCGGCGCGGUUCAACAUCUCCCAAACCGUAUUCGGAGCCACCCUCCUCUCCCUGGCCACUACUCUGCCAGAGAAGUUUGUCGCCGUCAUCAGCGGUCACCGAGGCCACCCAGGAAUCACGGUAGCAAACACUGUAGGAAGCAACAUCUUCCUGCUGACCCUCUGCCUCGGCGUGACCAUCCUGAGCUCAAACAGUCUGGCCCAGGGUUCGAGCUACACCAACGAGAUCGUGUGGACCUGGACGACGUCGGCGUUUUUGACCGUUAUGAUCAUGCUCGGCACGCACCGGUUGGUCGGUCUGGCCAUGCUGAUGGCAUACGUGGCGUUUAUAGUCCUUGAAUUUACACUGUACAAGCCUUGA